CUCCGACUCGUGUUUGCUUCAGAUAAAGCUUCGACCCUCCUUCUUUGAAACGUCCCGUGGCAUGCGACCCUCUGUCCUUCAAAUACUCUCUUUCUAGUUAUGCGGCCAGCGGCACACGUCUUCUACCUGGCAGUCUUUGCGCUGCUGGGCACCUCCAAUGGCGCUUCGCAUUCCAGUGCGAAGCCCAAGGCCAAGGCCGACGAGUGUGCAUUUGAACCCGGCGCCAUCGUCUCGGACGCCUGCGCCUCGUAUGCAUCCCUCGAGGAGCUGAACGACCAGCUCUCUCCCCACCUCCAGAAAAUCACCCGCGGCACCGACUACUUCUCCUACUACCGCCUCAACCUCUACAACAAGAAAUGCCCCUUCUGGUCCGACGAGAACGGCAUGUGCGGCAACAUUGCCUGCGCCGUCAACACGCUCGAUAACGAGGAGGACAUACCGCUGGUGUGGCGGGCGGAAGAGCUAGGCAAGCUGGAGGGCCCCAAGGCGGUGCACCCGGGGCGCAAGGUGCGCGAGGAGCGGCGCAACCAAAAGCCGCUGCAGGGCAAGCUGGGCGAGGGCGUGGGCGAGAGCUGCGUCGUCGAGUACGACGACGAGUGCGACGAGCGCGACUACUGCGUGCCCGAGGACGAGAGCGCCGCGAGCAAGGGCGACUACGUCUCGCUGCUGGACAACCCGGAGCGCUUCACCGGCUACGCCGGCAUGGGCUCGCAGCAGGUCUGGGAGGCCAUUUACCGCGAGAACUGCUUCAGCAAGCCCAAGGGCGACGAGCAGAUCAGCCCGGUUGGCGGCAUGGGACUUGGCUCCUCGUCGCCGUUUGGCGUUGCUGGUGGUGGUUUGACGGGUGGCCAGGGCCAGGCGGCUCAGGACCUGCGUAACGUCAUGCGCAGCCAGCCGCUCCAGCGCCACGUCCAGUCCGCCAUCGCGCAGGGCAACAAGCCGCCUGCGCGCGUCGACCAGCUCGAGUUCGAGGACGACUGCGUCGAGAAGCGCGUCUUCUAUCGCGUCGUCAGCGGCAUGCACGCAUCCAUCACGACGCACCUGUGCUACGAGCACAUGAACCAGACGACAGGCACCUGGGGCCCCAACCUGGCGUGCUACGAAAAGCGCCUCCACGGCUUCCCGGACCGCAUCUCGAACCUGUACUUCAACUACGCGCUGGUCCUGCGGGCCGUAGGCAAGCUGCAAAACUACUGGAAGAACUACGAGUUCUGCGCCGCAGACCCCUCCCAAAACGCCGAGACCAAAGACCUGGUCCUCAGCCUCUCGUCGGCCAUCCCCGAAAACCAAAAAGACAGCAUCUUCGACGAGGGCGUCAUGUUCCAGGGCGACCACGCGCUGCUGAAGGAGGACUUCCGCGACCGCUUCCGCAACGUCUCCCGCGUCAUGGACUGCGUCGGCUGCGACAAGUGCCGCCUCUGGGGCAAGCUGCAGACGGCGGGCUACGGCACCGCGCUCAAGGUCCUCUUCGAGUUCGACGAGAACGAGCUGGACCAGACGAAGAACCCGCCGCUGCGCCGCACUGAGCUCGUUGCGCUCAUGAACACGUUCGGUCGCGUCAGCCACUCGCUGGGCGCGAUCAAGCACUUCAGGCAGAUGAUCGAGGAGCGGGAUAACCCGACGCCGAAGGCUGAGGCUGAGGCGAAGAAGGACCAGUCCGAGGUGGACGCGGACGCGCCCCUCCCGCCCCACGUGCGCGACGCGCUGGCCGACGCGCCCGCCGUCCCAAGCGAGCAACAGCGCGAGCAACGCGACCGCGAGGCCGCGGCUCGCCGCCAGGCGUACCUGGACAACGACAGCGACGAGCCCGAGUUCCUAAGGCGCAGGCGCAUGCGCCGCACCACGGGUGUGUGGGACAGCAUCAAGGUCGAGUCGCAGCUUGUGUGGGAUGCGACGUGCUGGGUGCUGAAUCAGUGGGUUAAUGCGCCUGCGAAGUUCUUCAACAUCGCCGUCUUCGAGAUCAGCCGCCUCUGGGACUACUGGCUGGGCCUGCCCGUCAAGCCGCGUGGCUGGGAGGUUCGCUUCCCGGGCUGGCGGAACGAGCUGUGAGGUAGGCCGCUAGGACUACACUCUUAGGGCCUUCUGUGAGGACUUUCCGCGAGGACUAUCCACUAGGGCUGUCUGUUAGAUGCAUCCUUCCUUCAAGACUAAAUAAAUAUGGGCUUUGUUUUUGUUUUUGUGCGUUUGGGGCUUGGGCUUGGGCUUUGGGCGGGCUUUGGGGCUGGGGGGUUGGGGAGGUGUUUUGUGGUUUUUGCGCUUUGAUCUGUGGAUGAUGGCCUGUCUGAUAAUUACUGACUGUGCAUAUCGGUUCGAUGCUGUUCUUGUCUAUGUCUUUGUUUGUGUUUGUGUUUGUUCGGUUUUGGCUUUGGUUGUGUUGUGGCUUUGUUGUGUUGUCUCGUGUGCGCUUGUGCUUUUGUGGACUUGUCAGCUUUUGCUUUUUCGCUGCCUGUCUGUAUGUCUGUCUGUCUAUCUCGCUGUCUCUGUGUGUGUGGGUUGUGUGCAGCUAGGGG